GAAAAUGACAAAGAAAAACAUUCCCCCAUUCACUAGAAGCUCUGUCCUGGCUUGUGUCAUAGGCUUCAUAGCUUUUUUCUCCAUAUUCUCUUUGUUAUCACCAUGCUUCGAUCGCUCCGUCCAAUGCUUUUCUCGAGGAGUUUUAAAAACAGCCACUCGAUACAGAGCACUAUAGCUGCUAACGAAGGAUUGGAUCACAUCUUUGUCCACUCCCUAUUACCUUGCACGUUCAAUUUAAGAUGAUGUUACACCUUCAAUUUAGCAGGAAGUGCUUCAAAGCUGGUGGAUUGCAUUGAUUAAGGAAAAAAACUAAGCAUAGGUUUUUCCUUGAUAGCAAAAGCAAAGAUGGAUACGAAGAAGAUUGAUUCAGGUUCAUUGAAAGAAAUGUUUUUACAAACAGAAAAGCCGGAGGAGGCCAGACAGUCUCAAGACUUAGUUGCCAAGGAAGAUAAUUCCAAAAAGCAGCACGAAUUCACUUGGGCAGAGAAAUAUCAACCUAAGGCUUUGAAGGACUUCAUCUGCCACAGAGAAAUAGCUGAAAAGGUGACAGCUGGAGAUGUUAAUCAUUUUGUAAUUGAAGGACUCCCAGGAAUAGGGAAGAGAACAAUGGCUCUAGCACUGCUUAGAGAACAUUUUGGAGUGGACAUCUUAGAGACAAGGGAGGAAGUCCUAGCUUUGGAUUUGGAGAGUGAACAUAAAAGAGGGCCAACAUCAAGCAUUCAGAUAAGAGUACAAGCAUCCGCUAAACACAUAGAGAUCAACCUUUCUGAACCAGAAAAGAGAGAAUAUGCAACAGAGGUGGCCUUGUUAGUAAUCAAGGAAACACAGAAUGCUUUAACAAAGAAACCAUCCAUGCAGCACAAUCUUGUAAAUGCCAAAGCUAUUGUUUUCUACCAGGCAGAAAAAAUAUCGAAGAAUGCUCAACCCCAAAUCCUAAAGUUCUUAGAGAAUUCUGAGGGUCAGUAUAAAGUUAUAUUCUGCUGCUCCGAAAUCUGUAAGCUUCAAAUCCUCAAGCCUGUCUGCAGAGUUAUCCAUCUUGCUCCACCUCCAAACAAGGAGAUUGUUGGAGUCUUGAACUUCAUUGCUAAACAAGAAGAUAUUGAAUUGCCUCAUGCAUUGGCCCAAACUAUAGCAGAGAAUUCCAAGCACUGCCUCCGGCAAGCCAUUCGUUCGUUCGAGGCCACAUGGCUUGCGGAUUACCCUUUUAAAGAAGGCCAAUCAAUUCUGACUGGCUGGGAAGAUGAGCUUGCAAUAAUGGCCAAAAGUAUCAUUGAAGAACAAAGCCUAAACGUGUUGUUUCUUGCUAGAAAAAAGAUUAUAAAUUUAAUGGAACACCAUAUCUGUCGAGAAUUCGUUCUAAGUACUCUAGUAGCAGAGCUGAAAAAGCAUGUUCCAGACAGCCAAACCCAGUUGGAUGUAGAAAGUCUAUACCAGCAAAUUCCUAUUGAAGAUUUUUGGGGAGAUAAAAAGUUAAGCUACGAAGGCGAAGUAUUAGGCAGCAGAAUGAGAAAAUGUUAUCGAAUUUCUUUUGCAGCAAUAGAAGAAUUUGUAGCAAAGUUCAUGAGCUACUACAAACACCAAAAGAGUACAGUUUGUAUCAAGCCUGACUGGUGCAACUCAUCAAAGCAAUAGCUGCAGAAAUCUAGCCCUUGCUGAACAUGUUGGCUUGUUGCGGCAAGGUAUCACUCAUCAGACAUUGCUUGAUAAAAAGGAAAUACAGAUAACAAAGCCUGCAACUUCAUUCUUCGUCUUCCAGAACAUAAAGAAGCAAAGUCAUGAAGAGCUCAAGCAAAUAACUGGAAGAUAUGAGUCUGAAUUCUGUAGAUUAUAAAUAAAUAAACAAACGAAAACUAGAGCAUGUGAAGUCAAAUAUGGACCACCGAUUCCAGUUAAAGUUUGUGAUUGAAUAAUCCUGCUUAUUUCAGUUCUCUCGACACAAAUUAUAAGUUCAUGGAAUGUUGAAUAAGUCCUGUAAGUAUAAAGAAACAUGAGAACUGAGAAAGGUUGUUGUAACAUAAUGCUUGUAAUAAAUUCUAAUCAGAAUUUCCUAAGAUAAAGUAAAAAAUGAGCUUUUGUGCGAA